AUGGCCGUGCCACGCGUGGUAGGCGCAGCUUGCAGUCGCACGGACGUAGGGAAUGGUGAAGAAAACGCUCGCUACAAGUUGACCCUGUUUGGAUUGAUGCGUUGUCCCGGAGUGGGUGCCUGUGCUGACCCUGUGAGUUUGGCUGCAGCCUAUGUGUGUAGCCAGCAGACUCAGGAUAUUCGAUUCUCUCCUGCUUGGCGUCUUCGACGCGCGGGAGUGGAAGUUUUGGCCACUGAAGCUGAUCGGAAAAUUCGCAUAGCGAAGAAGUUACCCACACUGGCAGAUACCACGACGUUUCGCUGUCUGGAAGGUAAAGGUUUCACUUGGUGUCACAUUUUGGUUUCCCAAGCUCUGUACCAUGGACAUAACAAACAUGUCUGCGUCGGAACGCAAAAUUUCCAGAAGCUUGUAGUCUGUAUUUCUGCUUAUUUGGCACCAGUCGCGGAUACAUUCGCGGCGGAACAGUUACAUCUGGCUGAGUUCGUUGCGCAUAGAACACGGGACAUGGUGUUCCGCUUGGACAUGCAUACAGAAGCUCGAAACACUGCCAUUCAGAUAGCCAAGGACAAGACGACCGCGAGUGUCGAAGAUGAUACCGCAUCUGUUCGUUCGGAUGAUCAACAGAUCAUGGUCGAGAUCGAAAAUGUCGGUGGUGAACCCGACGCUGUCGAAGAUGACCGAGUGGGUGAAGCGAACGUGGAGCGACCCAUGGCAGGAGGCAUUGAACUCAUGACGCUCCUGCCGCAGGACUGCUAUGAUCCAGAUGCCGUGCGAGCACAUCUGCUGCAUGUCUCAGAGUUGGAAUCCGCAAAGCAGCGUGGCACCCGGACUUCGGAUGCAGUGCGCUUCAUGUUGGAAGUGGAGAAAGCAUUGAACACAAAAGUGGCACUUUGCCAUGAACACUUUCCCGUGGAGGACUCUGGAGGAUGGAUGCCACAAGCGUCCGUUGAGCUUUUGUUGUCUGCUCAGCAACAACGUGUGGAGUUCUAUCGCAAAAUGGAUUCAGCAGAUGACGCAGCGGAGGAGGCGACCGUUGCGGUUGCACACGCAGAAGAAGAAGCGGUUGUGCGCUUGGUGGCGGCGGAUCUGCGACUGCGCGGUCCGGCGGCGGUGGCGAAAGUGUUGGCCGACAGAGCCACUUUGAACCGCGAUCAACUUGGCUUCGUCGCCAUUGUUGCAAAAAUUCUGCAAGAUGCCUUUGAAUCACUUCCGCCAAGUGGCGAUGGUAUGCUCGCCAAGGAUCGUGUUCUGUUGCGAUGUCUGCUGGUUGGAGGCGGUGGAUGUGGGAAGACUCGGAUCAUCAACAUGGUUUUAAGACCGUUGUUUGAAGCAGUCUUUGGUGAUGGUUCCAUGCAAGCGCAGGCGCCUUCGAACAAAGCCGCUCGUCAGAUUCAUGGCCGAACCAUGCACAGCGCAAACAAGCUGCGCAAAGAUUCAUCUUUGCGGACCGUGCAUUUGCGUGUUUCCGCAGAGACACGGAAGGCUUUGGAAUGCAACACUGUCCCGCUGGCUGCCAUCGUCAUCGAUGAAUUCUCUCAAUGCAUUGGUCAGAUGCUGCAUGCGGAUGCGCUGCGGAAGUCUUAUGGUCGGCAAAGGGCCCUGGGGCUGGAGCUUCAUCGUUAUGCGGAAUUGGACGAGAGCUGGGGGCGUAUGCCGGUGGUCGUCAUUUCUGGGGAUGAACUGCAAUUACCUCCUGUUCCUUUUUCGCAUUCCUUGCUUGCCAGUGUGGAUGGAACCAGCGAUGAACAUAAAGCCGGCGUGCAUCUCUUCGGUCAAUUCCGUUAUGUGUACCGCCUGCAGACGGCCAUGCGUUUCCAGGAUCCAGUUUUGGAAUGUAUCCUGAGGAAAAUGCGAACUCCGGGUGGUGCGUUGUUGACGCAGAGCGAAUGGCAGGCGUUGGUGAAUACCAACAUCAGUGGAUCCGGCGACAGCGCUCGCUUGUCCGGCACUGAGCAUUUUUUCCAAGCUUGCUACACUUGGUCUGUGGUUAGCAUGGCCUAUACCAUUCGCAGUUUUGAAUCAGCAAAAGCAGCGGGCAAGACCUUGUAUGCCACUCGUGCUGUUGACAUGAUCCAAAAUCUGCAGGCCGACAAAGCUGCUGCUAUCGCCCGGGCUGUGGUUGCGCACCCAAACAUGAACGAGACCGGACGGCUUCCUCACUAUGGUCUCUAUCACGUUGGUAUGGAAGUGCGCUUCACUCAGACAGUCGCUGCUCCUCAUGUGGUGGUAGAUACACUUGGAAUCAUUCGGGGUUUUGCGUUUGCUUCGGAGGAUCGGAGUCGCACUGAUUUGCAUGCAUCUUUCGUCGUUUUGCGACGCUUUCCGGAAGCUAUUUAUGUGGAGCUGCAAGAUGUGCCGCAGAAAUUUCUGCCCGAUGAAGCCUGUCUUGAACAUACACCGCACAUGGACGCCGAGUGUGCUGCAUGCUUGCGGAUGCGUGGCGUGUUUUUGGUGCGACCAUUUACGAAUCAACAAGGUUGGUCGCUGAAAGUGACGAUCCCUGGAUCCCUUGCUACUGGUACAGAAGAAGAGAUCUCUGUCAAGAUUCGUAGGACGCAGAUUCCGUUGGUGACUGUGAAAGCCAGUACUUUGCAUGUGUUGCAAGGUACAACGACAGAUCCUGGUUUGAUCUUUCAUUGGCGCUUCCCUCGUCGACUCCAAGCAGACAUGAGGUGGUUGGCUGCAUAUGUGGCCUUGUCACGUGUGCGCUCCUUGGAUCGUCUGCGAUCUGUCGGUCUCGACAAUAAGAAUCGUGCCAUCUUGGAACAAGGACCUCCAAAUACUUUGCCUGCCGCCGCGCGACACGGUCGGUUUGUGGUCCAAGUAAAGUUUCAAAAGGUGGAAGAGUACACAUAUACCCGGCAAGGCGCGCCGACCAAGGGAAAGCGGUUGCACGUGCUGUUUGCUAGCGCGGAAGAAGGUGCAUAUGUGUCUGGUCGCAUGGUCAUGUGGCAACAGAAGUCUGGCGAGUUGGAAGCUGCGGCUGCGCGCUUCCAGGUGGGUUUGCACUUCGAAAUGAAAUCUGUCGUCUUUCUCCAGAAAGAGGUAGCCGAAUAUAUUCACACUCCGUUGAAAGUGGUUCUGGAUCUGCGACAGACUCACUUCGAUUCGGUUCUACAGGGACAAUUUCCCAACUUUUGCCUGGGCCCACCGACACGUCUGAAAGACAUUCUGGAGUUAACAGAUGGUCGACAACGCUUCGAUAUCACGAGUCUCGUGCGGCUGCGCGGAGACCCGCGUACCGUAACCACCCGGCAGGGUCAACGUGUGGCGCAGGACGUCGUGCUUCGAGACGAGUCUUGUGUGCAAGACGGACAUCGGGCAGAGAUCACCACGUCCAUUUUCGCGGAAUCACAAGCGAAACUGGAAGAAUUUAUUGCUUUGGUGAAUCUGGAAAAGCCGUUGACUUUCUUUGGCUUCGAUGUGCAAGUCCGUGGUGCUGAAAUCAAGGUCACUCCAUCUUUUCAAGACUUUCGCUGUGAAGUGGCUGUCUCCGUCCGUGCGGCUGCGCAGGACGAAAGACAGAACGAGAUUUGGAAGGAAGCAGGGCAGACGCUGACGCAUGAAUGGCAGCCCUCGGUUUCUACGGACUACACAAGCAAAGAAGGCUUUUUAUCCUUUUGUGCUUUGCUGGAUGCGUAUAGCCAACAAGACGCAGCUGCCUUGCAUGGCAAGUUGUUUCAACUCAACAACAUCCAUGUGCCUUACCCACCGGAGCACCACACGGUGGAACGACGUGUGUUUUGGUCCACACGGAUUCGAGAUUGUAGCGGCAGCUUGGAAGUCGCCAUUCGACAAAAGGCAGCCUGCCAGCUCGCCAAAAUCGAUACAGCUGAUCACGAGAAUGCCGUCAUGGAGUUCAAUAGUCAGCAUGGCGGUGACCUGUUAUCGUGGCCUUUGCUUGCCAGUGUCAAGAUCUUGGUCACACUUCGUGGUGACAAUGACUCUGGUGCCACACAGGCGACUGACAGCGUCUCCACGACGAGUUCCUCGAAGCGGAUGCGCUUCUUAGUUGUGGAAGCUUCGGAGCAGGACCUGCAAGCGACGCCCACAAAGGCUGUGCUGGCCGUUGUUCAUGCCUUGAGCCAUGUGCCGUGCAGCGGAGACGCGUUUGCGGCUGCAUUGCUGUCGCAAUUGACCAAGAAUAGUUUUGGCGUUUUUCAAGUGCAGCCAGAGGUUGUGGUAGCGCACCUGGAGACUGGUGCCUUGGAACGCCACGCUAAACGUCGCCGGGUUACUUGUGCGAAGGCCUUGGUGAUGCUUCUUUCGAAAGAACGGACGCAGCAAGAAGCGUUGGGCUCAGACAGUUAUGGCAUUCGGUUGGUGACCAAGAAUGUUCGCGACGCUUUGGCUCCAGAUGCAGGCCCUGUGACUGUGGUGGCAUAUUGUCAGCGACAUGCUUUGAAGGAUUUCAUUUUGGAUCCUCCACGGACUGGAACCAAAACCCAAUACGCUCUGGCAUUGAUCUCCGAUCUGAGCACUACAUCAAGUGAAACCACAUAUGUGGUGGAACAAUUGCAGUUGCUGCAAGAAGGCGAUGCAGAAGCUGCAAUGAUAUGUCUGCGGCGUUUGGAGCAACUGACUGCCUUGAUCGCUUCUCGUCAACAGACGUCGGAUCCCCUACCAGCCUGGACGGACACAUUGGCGGAGAGUGCCUCCCGCAUCGCUUGUCCACGCAUCUCGGCCUAUCCCGCAGGGGACACAUGGGAGAGUCCAGUGAAGGCGUCCCAGGAGGUACCGUUCACGGCAGCUGACACCCCGGGCACAGGCUAG